UCUGUUUUCCUUCUGUAUUCUCGUAAAUACUCAUCAUCGGUGCAAGAACUUUUAAAGUCCUACGUAGUUCCUCUUUUAACCAUACCGAGGCGCUAUAAUAAUACAGUCGAGAAAUCCUGGGAAGCCGACGACUUGACUAAGAGACUUCGAACGAUUCGUGACCCGCAUUGUAUUAACGGGUGGGUGUCAAUUGUCAGUUGAAGGUAUAGUUCGCGAUGUCACGUAUUAUGUUGUGCAGUUCCUCGGUUUGGUGGUAGUCGUGUUGAUUGACACAAUUAUAAAGCAAAGAACCGCGCCCAAAUCAUGGAAGAAAUCUUUCAAAAUGGGAAUUACGAGAGAGUGGCGAACGCCACUACAACGGAUUCUGAGACACGAAAGGAGGGUUCGCUGCUUGAUCAUAUGGAGAUUACUAUAGUUGAAGCAGAAAAGCGAGCUAAUGGGGCACUUAAUAUAAGGGAAUUCUACACCGUCUACCUCAUUGAAACUAAAGUCACUGAUCCAGAUUUCAAAAGAGCAUUAACCAGAUUAAGCUCUCUAUGGCGACGCUACACAGAGUUUGAAUUACUUCGAGCGUACUUAGAAGUUUCAUACCCAUAUAUUGUUUUGCCACCUUUACCAGAGAAGAAAGUUCUUUAUGCUUGGGAGAAGGUAGCUACUGACACAUUCGAUCCUGAUUUCGUUGAUCGUCGAAGAGCCGGUCUCGAGAAUUUUUUGCUGCGAGUGGCCUCUCAUCCUGUAUUAUCUCAUGACGAGCACUUCAUGGGAUUCUUACAACAAGAGCAUGGCUGGCGAGAAAGUAUUAAGGAGACUGGAUAUCGUGAGAUAGCAGAAUCUAAGUUAAAAGCCUUGAGCGUAGCAGUGAGAUUAAAGAAACCAGACAAACGAUUUGAAACUAUCAAGAACUAUGGGAUUGAACUUCAGAACAACUUGUGCAACCUUUUACGAGUACGUGCACGUCUCGUUGAGAAGCAAUACGGUCUGUACAAACUGCACGCGAAUUACGGUCGUGUGUUCAGUGAAUGGAGUGCUAUAGAAAAAGAAAUGGGAGAUGGCUUGCAGAAAUCAGGUCAUUAUUUGGAUUCAAUCGCAGCCAGUAUAGACACCGCUCUUGAAGAAGAAGAGUUAAUUGCUGAUCAAUUAAAAGAAUGGUUGUUCGGUGCUUCAGCUUUGCAAGCUGUGGUGAAACGUAGGGAAGCUCUGCAAUUGGCAAAAGACGAAGCACAUGAUGCACUUACAACUGCACACAAACAAAUAGAUCGACUUCAAACAGGUAAAUUGGGUAUUAUGUAUCGAUUAUUCGGUUCCGUAGAAACGGAAGAGGUUCGUGAAUUGAAAAUACUUCAAUUAGAACAAAAAAUUAAUCAGAACGAGAUAGCUGUUAAACGAGUGGAUGAAGACUUGGAGUCUUUUUCGAUCAAAGCAAUGGCAGAUAUCGAUAGAUUUCAACGGCAAAAGAUAAUUGAUCUGAAAGAAACGCUAGCCGCUUAUUGCAUACUUCAGUUUAAACUCGCUCGAAAGGGACUUCAAACCUGGCAACACAUUAAAGAAUGUUUGGAGGCUAUCCCGUAACUCAAGCAGAAUUAUGACAUAUGGACGGCGGUCUUCAGUGCAACCAAUCAACACCGUAGAACAGUAAUUGUUCCACGUCAUACGAUGUACAUUCCUGCAGUUAUAAAACUUACUGAUAUCGAUGUACAAGAUUAUUUUUAUUAUUUAAUAUUAUAAUAUAUAUGUAUGUAUGUAUACAUAUAUAGAUAUGAGAGCCACGUUGAACACGCAUAUAUCAGAUAGCACCGUAUAGUAUUUAUAUGUAUUUCAUUCUUUAAUAUAAUAUCUUGUUGUUUAAUGAAGUUUAUUAAAAGGAAAUUCAUGUCA